CUUUCACAUGUCUGUUUGGCUUGGAAACUCCAGGACACAGCUGAAUCAUGUUCCUUGUCAUUCUUUUAUUUGGCUUCUUCCCCCUCAGCUCAGCUCUCUCUCACCAAUACCACUUUGUGAACGAACCGAAAACCUGGAGUGAAGCCCAGAGUUACUGCAGGGCCAAUUACACAGACCUGGCCACCCUUUACAACACGGACGAUGUGAACGCACUCACUCAACUUGGCAGCCAGACUGGCUCUGCUUGGAUCGGACUUCAUGACGACGUGCUGAACAGCUGGAGAUGGUCCAUUACGAACAGCAGUUUCUAUGGUCCAGAAGAGACGACAUAUAGAAACUGGGAUCAGACCCCAUUUGUACAACCCGAUAACUUCAGAGGAAAAGAGCUGUGUGUAGAAAUGUUACCUGAUGGAAGUUGGAAUGAUAUACCUUGUGAAAACAACAAGUCAUUUGUUUGCUAUGGAGUCAAUGAUACCUACGUUUUGAAUACGACAAAAUUGUCAUGGAAUGAUGCCCAAGCCUCCUGUAGAGCCAACUACAUUGAUCUUGCAAGCAUAAGGAAUAGUACGGAAAAUCAAAAGGUCCAUGAUGCCGCAAACGGCAAUAGAGUAUACAUUGGCCUGAACAGAACCAGAUUGUGGUCAGACGGGAGUGACUCCUCUUUUAGAAACUGGAAAUCCGGUCAACCUGAUAACGCCAAUGGUAAUCAACUCUGCACUGCAGUGUCAUUCAGUGACUCGGGCCAGUGGACGGAUGAGAACUGUAGUACUACCCGCCCUUUCUUCUGCUACUCAGCCUUUGUAGCUGGUCUGAGGAUGGUUGUCGACACAGAGACUGACCUGACUGACCUUACUGAAGCUGAGAUUGAAGAAAUCAUUCUAAAACCAUUUCUUGAGGAGCUGAUUGAGAAUGGCCUUCCAAACAGCACGACUUUGAGACUGAGACGUGUUCACCGUAUCAAUACAUGAGGAAGUCAAACAACAUCAUGAUUAGUUUUGCAUGUAAGACGUUGUGUUUGAGGCAAUGAAUUAACUACUGUUGCUGACUUUUCAU